ACACUACGACACCCGCUGCACACUGUCACUACACGAUCGAACCGAUGUGAUGAUGUUUGAUUAAGUGUUUUCUAUCGAGACGCUAGUCACACCGCCUAAGCUGGUAUUGAGCAACGCGAGCGUGCCGCGUUCAUUCAGAAACUGUCCGCAGAUUAAAUGUGGCGUGCAUCCAGUGCAACAGCGUUAAAUGCACUUCACUCGCGAUCGCGACCACAUCGUCCGGCGUUAAAGUGGAACAAAACAAGCCGCCAGUGAGAGUGUAGGUGUGUGACAGGUGAUCGAGCACGCGGUCCGUUGUGUGUGGGUUCACUACUCUUGACAGAUAUUAUCAUCCCGAGUGGCGUUAUCAUGGAGAACCACGCGUACAGUGGUGGACCGGCGGAGAACGGGAAGGUAGAAACGCGAUCGGUAGCCUCGCCGAUGAAUUCUAGCACCACACUGCAAACGAGCGUGAGUGACGACACGAAAACGAGCACGAGCACGACCCGUGACAAGUGGGGCCGGGACAUUGAGUUUAUGCUGUCCUGCAUCGCGUACUCGGUCGGGUUCGGCAACAUCUGGAAGUUCCCGUACACGGCCCUCAAGCACGGUGGUGGUGCGUUUCUGCUGCCGUACCUGAUCGUACUGUUUAUCGUCGGACGGCCGAUCUACUAUCUGGAGAUGAUACUGGGACAGUUUUCGAGCCGAGGUUGCGUUAAGCUUUACGAUCUAGCACCAGCUAUGCGUGGGAUCGGUGUAGCACAAACGAUCGCAAUGUUCGUCGUGAUGACUUACUACGCGCCGGUGUUGGCGAUUACGUUCCGAUACUUUGUUGCGUCGUUUAGCAGUACGUUGCCGUGGAGCGAGUGUAAUCCUGCGUGGGCAAACUGUGUGAAUUCUUCGUUUGUUGGAAAGCUCGAACCGACCAACAUGUCCGUUGGGCUCCAAUCGUCUGCUGAGCUGUUCUUCCUGAAGGAAGUCAUACAUAAAGCUCCCUCACUGGACAAUGGCCUAGGCAUACCCGACUGGAAGCUGUCGCUGUGUCUCCUCUUUGCCUGGAUUGUCGUGGCAACGAUUCUCAUCCGUGGAGCGAAAAGUACCGGCAAAGCUUCCUAUUUUCUUGCGAUCUUCCCGUACGUGAUCAUACUGAUCCUACUCGUUCAAACUCUAAUGCUAGACGGCGCGAUGCAAGGCAUCCUAUACUUCAUAACACCGCAGUGGGAUAAGCUUCUCAGUAUCGAGGUUUGGUACGAAGCCGUUACGCAGUGCUUCUUCUCACUGUCCGUCUGCUACGGUGGCAUUAUCGCGUACUCGUCCUUCAACAACUUCAGCAACAACGUGCACCGUGACGCCGUCAUUAUCUCCUGGCUCGACACAUUCACCUCCAUCGUGGCCGGAUGCAUCGUGUUCGGGGUGAUCGGCAAUUUGGCGUACGUUAGCGGGCAGCCGGACAUACAGAAGCUUGCCCGGGACGGUGCCGGCCUCACCUUUAUGACGUACCCGGAUGCGAUCGCCAAAUUCCAGUUCGUGCCCCAGCUGUUUGCCUCCCUGUUCUUCCUGAUGCUGUUCAUCGUUGGCGUCGGCAGCAAUCUGGGCGUAACGACCAGCAUCAUUACCGCGAUCCGGGACCAGCGUCCGCACCUGAAGCACUGGCAGGUCGUGCUCGGAACCGUUACCGUUGGAUACUUUCUCGGUCUGCUGUACCUGACGCCCGGUGGGUUCGAUUUCCUGGACGUGAUCGAUUACUACGGUGCGAAGUACGUGACGCUAACGUUCGCCGUGCUUGAGCUGGCGACCGUGGCGUGGAUCUACGGCGUGGAUCGUAUCUGCCGGGACAUUAAGUUUAUGCUCGGCAUCGAAACGUCGUUCUACUGGCGGGUGUGCUGGGGACUAAUUGCACCGGCCGCCACACUGCUCAUUCUUAUCUUCAGCUUUGCCGACUUUGAGCUGCAAAAGGUCCCGAUCGGCUACAACGUUUUAGGAUUGUUUAUCUACGUCAUUGCUUUUCUGCAACUACCCGGCUGGUACGUUUACACGAUUUAUAGGCGGCGUUGUAAGCAAACGGAAUCGCUACGGAAAGCUGCCCGAAACGCGCUGGAACCGAUGGAUGUAUGGGGUCCGGAGAAUGAUGCCGUGCGGGUGCGGUAUCAGAGCGAGGAGGAACAGUACCAAAGCGCGCGACCUGUGGGUACGACCGCCUUGAAGCGCAUCAAGAAGCGAAUGUUUAACAUUGGCUGAAGGUACUGGGCAAGUGACAAGUGAUAGUACCUGUUGUAAUAAUCGGGAGCGAGUCGAUCGAACGGGCGUUACUUUUUCUCGUUCUUCUGAGAAAAUGGAAAAACGUUGAUUAGGAUAAGAAAAAUUUCACUCUAGCUUGUGUGUUCACUCGUACUGUUGUAACAUUAAUGAACUAGUGAUAGAAGUAAGUGUAUUUUCGUUCGUUAGAUUGAUACUAAUAAAUCUUACCAAAGUUUUAAUAAGAAGAUGCAAAUUGAAUUUCGUUUGAUACUAAUAGGUUUAAAACAUGCAAAUAUGAAAAAUAA